AUGUCGACCAUCCCAUUAAAUGAUCCGGACUGGGAUGCCUUGAUAUCUCUUCUGAAAGAGCGCAUUCCUGAGAGAUCAAUACCGAAACUACAAAUUCCGCUGAACAUCCCACAACUGAUUGACCACACUCUCCUAUCUGAGUCCGCCGAGCCGGAGCAGAUUGAUAUUCUCUGUGCUGAAGCCAAAGCGCACAACUUUGCUACAGUUUGCGUUCGACCAAACUAUGUCGCCCGCGCUUCCGCCAACCUCAAAGGCACCGCCGUUGGGGUAGCUUCCGUGGUAGGCUUCCCAGAAGGCACACAUGACACCGAGGUAAAGGUGAAGGAGGCCAUUGAAGCCGUUCAACAUGGAGCGACUGAGCUGGAUAUGGUCAUCAACUAUCCUCUGCUCAAAGACGGGGGCUACACAGCUGUUUACAACGACAUAAUGGCCGUGCGUAGUGCGGCCCCGCCACCGACGAAACUAAAGGCUAUCUUGGAGACGUCCCAGCUCAGUAGAGACCAGCUUAUUGCCGCCGCUAUCAUUGCGUGCACGGCUAAGGUGGAUUUCAUUAAAACUAGUACUGGAUUUUGUGGGGCCGGGGCUGAUGUCCAGAAUGUUCAGGUGAUGCACCUUGUGGCUGAGGUGUGCUUCAAUGGUUGUCUGGUCAAAGCGAGUGGAGGUAUUAAGACUGCAGACGACUGCUUGCGCAUGCUCAAGGCUGGUGCGAUGCGGAUCGGGACUAGUUCCGGAGUCAAGAUUAUGCAGGAGGUGGAUGCAGGCGAACUUUUGGAACAAGGGGCUAGCCAUGCAGUGUCUUAA